GCGAGUCGUCUCACGGAUCGACCGGUCGAUCGAAUUCUCCAAAUAGGAUACGCGCCGGCGUUCCCGCGUGUGCGUACAUAUGUGUCAGGGCGCGCGCGUGUGCGUCGUGACUGCCGCACGGAAUCGUCGUCGACGUCGUUCGCGCCCGGCCAGGCCGGGCCGGUGAAUCGCCGCGCCAUCGCCAGCGGAUCGACCUGCCGCGGCAAACUUUGGAUCCGGUUCGCUUUCCACAGCUGACGUCAUUACCGUUCACAAUGCGCUAGGGGUGAUGGAGACAGUGGGCAAGCAAGUUCAGGUAGUGAGCGGACUGGGGGGUCCGGUGGGCCCUGUGGGCCCAGUCGGGGGAGAUUUGCAUCACCAUCAUCACCCUCACCCGCACGCCCAUCCUCCGCACCCGCAUCCCCACCCCCACGGUCAUCCCCAUGGGGCCCACGGCCACUCGCUCGUCGGCGCGACGUCGAACCCCGGUAGAGGUCAAGCCCAACCACCCGUCUCGCAUAAUCAGCACGUACCUGCGAGAUCCACUCCCGUACAGCUGCACAGACCAACGCAGAGCUAUGUCAACAUCAAGAGCAGCAGCCCGGUGUCUCCGAGGACGGUAGGAACGGGAGCGACGUACGUGCAGGGUGGCGCGGCCGCGUCUUCCGCGGCGGCCGCGGCCGCUGCCGCAACCGCGGGCGGUCCUGCCGUCGUCGCUGGAGUUAGCACCGCCACGAGCAGCGGCAGCAACGGCGGCGUGGUCGGUGUCCCGAACGUUUUAUCCGCAGCGGCAGGUGGUGGCAACAGUGCGAGCAACAGCAACGCGAGCAACGGCGGUGCGAGCGGCAACGGCGGCGGUGGCAGCAACGGUGGCGUCCCGAACGUUUUAUCCGCAGCGGCAGGUGGCAACAGCGUGAGCAACAGCAACGCGAGCAACGGCGCCGCGAGCAGCAACGCUGGCAGCGGCGGUGGCGGCGGCGGUGGCGGUGGCGGUGCCGCGAGUGGCACUCCUUACGUCACUCUACCAUCGAUGCUCCGUUACAUUCAUUCCUAUCCGCCGACCUCGGUGUCGGCGCCGGCGGUAGCGGCGGUCGUCACCACCGCACCGUCGCCGGCGGCCCCCGUGCCCAUACCCGCUCCCGCGCCCGCACCCCCUCCGAACCAGCCGACCGUCAUCGCCAGCCAAACACCGCCGCCGCCGCUCACCGGGACUGCCUAUACCGCGAGAGACGCGUAUCGCGCCGGCACCACGAACGUGAACGAGAGGAUCGCCAUCAGUGUGAGCAAUAGUCCUCUAUCGCAAGUCGGUGUUGGGGUAGUGGCCGAGUAUAGCGGCAUGGGAACCGGCAGAGGCGAUCGGCCGAGGAUAUCUCUCUUACCGCCUACCGGCUCGUCGGUGACGCCGAUACCGUCGCCAACUGCGUCCGAGUAUCAACAGCACGCAAGAAACCCGCCGCGGGUAGGCCUCAUGCCCGUCCAACCGGAUCAGUAUUGUACGCGCACCGCCAUCGACAUGGCCAGUCUGCAGCAAGACACACCGCCCUUCAAAAAGAUUCGUCUAGGUCAGCCGCAUCAGCAGGUCCAGCAGCUGCAAUCGCAGCCACAGUCGCGCUGUCAGAGCUUGUCGCCCGCGGACCCUUGCGGCGGUAAGCAGGAGCAGCAGCAGCAGCAUGUCGUGCAGUUGCAGCAACCGCUUAGGAUAGAUACCAGGGAGCAGCCUGCCGUGGGUGCAUAUACGCCGCAAACGGAAGCCAUUUCGCCUACUCUUCCAGAGCCGAAUACGCAAGAGGAUGCGCUUAGAAGUACCAAGGAUGAGCUCUUGCAGCAAAUCGGCAAAGUCGACAGAGAAAUCGCCAAGAGAGAGAAUCAGUUGAACAUGUUGCGGAAGAGGAUAAAAGAAUUGGAAGAAGCAGCGAAUAAGCCUUUAGAAGCGACUGGUCUCAAACGUAAUAUUGAGGAACAAUCGCAGCAACCAAAGCAUCAAUCAUUGGCACAAAAGAUCUACGCUGAAAAUAGGCGAAAGGCGGAAGAGGCUCAUAGACUCAUGGAAAAACUAGGCCCCAAAAUAGAACUACCUUUAUAUAAUCAACCGUCGGAUACGAGUGUGUAUCAAGAGAAUCGUACGCGGCAUCAAACGUGUAUGCGAACCAGACUCAUAGCGAGGCUACGGAGAGAUCAUACCGAACGUGCGUCUCUCCAUCAGCAGCAAACGCAAACGUACACAAUUUUGGUUCAAGAGUGGCAUCGGAAGGUAGAACGGCUGGAGGCGACGCAGAAAAGGAAAUCGAAGGAGACAAAGAACCGUGAGUUCUUCGAGAAGGUGUUUCCCGAGUUGCGAAAACAGAGGGAAGACAAGGAACGUUUCAACAGAGUUGGUGCUCGCAUCAAGAGUGAAGCUGAUCUUGAAGAGAUAAUGGAUGGUUUACAGGAACAAGAGGAAGAAACAUUGCAAGAUUUAAAAAAUUCCAUUAAAGCCUGUCAGUUGGAAGAUAAGAAGAUGCGUUCGUAUGCAGUUAUACCGCCUUUGCUGUUGGAUGCGAAGCAACGAAGGAUCGCCUUCCAAAAUCGUAAUGGACUGCUCCAACCGGAAGAGUUGGAAGCUUUGCAUAGUGAGCGUAAAUUGAUCAAUGUAUGGAGUUCCGUAGAGCAUGAAUCAUUCAAGGAGAAAUAUCUUCAGCACCCUAAAAAUUACGGAGUGAUAGCUCAAUCGUUAGAACAUAAGGGCGUUCAAGAUUGUGUACAUCACUACUACCUCACUAAGAAAACGGAAAAUUAUAAACAACUUCUACGAAAGUCGCGUCAACGGACGCGUAGUUCUCGAAAUAAUCCGAAUAAUAAAGUAAAUAAUACGAGCUCGACUAUUGGAUCCAUAGAUAUUUUAACGACAGGAGUAACGACGAGGUUACAGCGAGAGCAGCAAAAGACUCAGGAAAAUCCCAUAGAUAUUUUAACGGCAGGGAUAACGACGAGGUUACAGCGGGAACAGCAACAAAAGACUCAGGAGAAUCCUCAGAAUAGUUCGGUAACGACUACAUCUACAUCCACAACGAGUACCACGGUUACAUCGAGCGUGUCGUCGACAACCGUCACGACCACGACGGUGACGACGACGACGACUCCCCUGAGCUCGACAGCAUCGAGCGUUAGCGUAACGGCAGAUUCCGUAACGGCAUCAACGACAACGACGUCAGUCUUGAACACGACAGCGUCGAGCGUCUCGGCGACAUCGACGACGUCGAGCGCAAAGGAUUCUAAAGAGACAAGCAAGGAGAACAAAGAAAACAAGACCGACUCGAAGGAAUCUCACUUGGUAAAGAUGGAUUCGAAAGAAGACGCGCAAUUGGAAACGGGGAAGGAUAUUAAAGUAAUAAUGGAAGGUAAAAGCGCGCUGUCUUCAUCCGCAUCCUCAAUGAAUAUCAACGCGACAAAUGUGUCGACUAUCCAGUCGGAAUCCAGCAAGAAGAAACCAGGCUGCAGGGACACAAGCGGCAGUGGUGCUAACGUGGCAACCAGUAGUAGAAUAAAGGAUAAGAAGAAGGAGAAUCAUACUCCCAUGGAAACCAGUGACGAAGAAGCACCGUCGAUCGACGUCGUCGAGAGCGGCAGGCAGAUAGGACCUCACGCUUGCACCGUGUGCCAAAGCGUCGUCGAGGGUAGCGCGCACAGUCGCGCAUUGCCCCGCAGCCAGGCGUCGCAAUACGGUCUACGAGAGGAUCAGGUACCGGUUGGUGCGCGCGUCUGCAACACUUGCAGAUGCAAGGCCGUCCGAGGACGUUACACCACCUGUCCGUUGCCCGGCUGUCCGAAUCUAAACAGCUCCAAGUCCAGGAUAAAACGGCUGAGAGCGUUGCCUUCCAAGUGGCUCGACCUGCCGCUGGAAAUCCGUGAGCCGAUCGCUCAAGAAUUCCAGAUACCGAAUAAUGCGACGAAAUGCUGCUCGGCUUGCUUCAGCCGUAUAUCGCGUAGAUUAGCGCCGCAUCUCACCGGCGGUACCGAAGCAUCCGAGGAUGGCGCCGAUCCAUUGUCGCGUCCAUGGACGGACGAGGAGUUGGAGCAGCUCCGCAAAGCGCUUCGGGAAUACGGUACCAAUUGGCCGAAGAUCGCUGAGCAAAUACCUGGCAAGACGAGUCAGCAGUGCAAGAAUUAUUAUUUCGCUUAUCGAAAGAAGCUGAGUUUCGAUCAAGUUGUCAGCGAGUAUUAUACAUUGUUGGGCGAGGAACGGAGGCCACCAUACGUGACCGACGAGGAGGAGAGUGGAAGUAGUACAAGUAGUUGCGAUGAACUAGCUGUUCAUGAUUCAAGUGACACCGCUAGUGCAGGAAGUCCUGCGACCACCAUGACGGGUAGUAAUGCAGCGGUGAUACCGAGUGGUGGUCCUACGGCGACAUCUUCAUCGUUAUCUUUCCAGCGACCUAAUGAGCUCGGGUCGUUAGAAAAGCUCGGUGAAAGAAUUGCCGAUGUAACCGUAGUAUCACUUGUUCCGCCUGCCGGAUCGUCUCAUCAGUCUUCCAGCAGCGGCGGUGCUGCCGCUACAUCCGGUGGUGCUAGAGAGGAUUAUGAUAGUUCUGCCACGGAGACGGCGGACGAAGGUCAGGGAGGUGCUGAUUUAGAUAAUGGCAGUGUUGUAGUGACUAUGACAACUGCCAGCGGCAACGCAACGUCGUUGCAACAACAGAGCCAACAACAAAGCCAGCAUCAGCAGCAACCUCCCACUACAGCUCAUUCGCCUCCUUCAACAACGAGUAAUUCAAAUCCUCUCACUGUCAAGGAUCUCAUGCUGGGGGUCAUUGAAAUGCAACUGAAACGCACUCCCAAUAGUCCAGCUGAUGGUGGCGGCUCGUCCGCACCUAACAGUUCCGGCACACCGACUAUAUCCAGUAUCUUGAAAACAGACCAUCGCAAUGACAUAACGUAUGUUCGCGGUUAUAAGUCAUCCUCGAAUAUGACGAAUACGGCGUUACCCAGCAGAGAUACGAAUCUGGCAACGCUCUCUGUUGUAUCAGGACCUCAUCAUGGUCAUCGAUCUGCUCCUAGUCCGCAACAAAUCAGUCAAAUGCAAGCUACUAUCACUCCUUGUCCACCGGCUGCGCCUAGUAAUCAAGGUUCGUCCUCGGAUCUUCUUCCUAAAGAAGGUUUGGUCGUCAUGCAGGUGCAACAAGCACUGAGAGAAACAGAAGGAACGCUGGAUCUAAGUAUUAAAAAGCCCCGACUCCAACAGGACUACAAUCAUUCGAUUCAACUUCACAAGCCACCGACGGUCACUCUUUAUCGACCGGAACCACCACCAGGAGCGUAUUAUCAUCCUCACACCACCCCUCAUCCCGAGCAAGGACGUAACGCAAAGAGCCCGUUAGUCUAUGCUUCGGCGCCACGACCUCAAGCAUCCAUUACACCGAAGAUGAAUAAGGUCACUGUGCCGCAGACACAUCCUAAACUGUCGCCAAAACUUGGCAGCAUGAGCACGCCAGGACACAAAGGUGGUUCCAUCACACAUGGCACGCCUGUAUCCACGGCGCGUUACGAGGGGCUGUUACGGCAAAUGACGCCACCCGGCAAUCCACCAGUGAGCGGCGCCUCCGCGAACGUUAGCGAACGUGGCGGCGGCGCCGUCAACGCCAGCUCUGCUGGUCCGGGAGCGCCGAAAGAGACUGGGGGAGGCUCUAUUACUCAGGGUACACCGGUUCUUCCGUUUGCGGUAGAUAAGCGUGGCGCGCCCAUAUAUGACUAUCAUCGUACCAUUCGACAUUCACCCGUCACAGGUAGCGGCAACGUGCCACCACCGCCGGGACAAGGUCCUCCGAGUCAAGCGACGUCGCCAGCCGUGGUAGUAAGUCAUGGUGGCAGUCAAUACAAUUCUUAUUCCGCUGCGGGACGACCGCCGCCUAGCUACACGAUGGAACAACAAUUGUCCAGCCGACAGAUCAUCAUGAAUGAUUAUAUCACCAGUCAGCAAAUGCACGCGCGCGCUCGUGGUAGUGGUAGCACUGGCGCGUCCGUCACCGGCGAGAUGGCGAGUAAGAAUGAACCGCCACCAUCAAAUCUCUAUUACGCUAGCACGCCGCCUCCUCCUCCUCCGCAGACGCAUACACAGCCGCGACAGGGUGUUAUUCAGAGGCACAAUCCGCAGAAGCAGAUGCACUAUCCGCCACCGCCAAUUCUGGAUGCGUUUUCUAAUUUAGUGGAAGUGGCAAUCAAGCAACCUACUUUGCCGGUGCCGCAUCAACACGGUCAUCCUCCGUCCGGAAGUGGGGGCCAUGAAGGUCUUGGUAAAACGAUGGCGGAUCGUCUGUUGGCCGAUCGUUAUGACAACAACCGCGCGUUUCGCGAACAAGAAAUACGGAUGCAAGAGCAUCGUAUGGCCGAGCACAGGCUCACACAACAGCAUCAACGUGAGCGGGAGAGGGAACGCGAUAUCGUUCAUUUGCGGGAAAAAGAGGAACAUCGUUUGCAUCGCGAAAAGGAAUUACAACAGCAGCUGGAGCACCGCCUCGCGGUACAGCAGCAUCAUCAACAUCGUGAGAAAGAUUUCCAGCAACAGGAACAUCGUCUUGCACCGCAACGGGAAAAAGAUAUACACGUCGAGCACGCUCGUUUGCAGAUUCGGGAAAAGGAUAUCCCGCAUGAGCAUCGGCUUAUACAUCAACAGCGAGAGAAGGAGAUUCAUCAACAAAUAGCCGCGCAACGCGAGAAAGAACACGAGCAUCGAUUGGCCGUGCAGCAACGCGAGAAAGAAAUACAGCACCAGGAGCAAAGACUCGCCAUUCAACAACAACGUGAGAAUCCUCACGUUGUUGGAUCUCCGAUCCAACAGCAUGCCGAGCGUCUGGCUGCACAGCAACGCGAGCGAGAUCUGCUACAUUUACAUCAACAACACCAACAGCAACAGCAGCAGCAUAUGCAGCACAUUCAGCACCAGCAACGUAUAGAAAUUGAGAGAAGACACAUCGCGCAGUUGUACAGAGAUCAGCAACAACAGCAGCAGCAGCUCGAUCGAGAUUCGUCGAGAUUAUUAAGCAGCGGAUUCUCGCAGUCCUCUCGGCUUCAACCGUCUCAACAAUCUCAGCAGCAGCAGCAGCAAUCAUCAUCGCGACAGAGUCAAUCUUCCAGUCAACAACAGAAUGACUCAUCGUCGACUCUCACAGCUGCCAGUUUGAUAGAUGCCAUCAUAACGCAUCAAAUUAAUCAGGGCGUUGACAACGCUAAUGCAAGUGGAUCUUCGACUAAUCAGCCGACCCGUGCUGGGGAUCGUCUUUUCCAGGGAUUUCAUCGCGAAACUCCGCAAGAACCUAACGGCAUAGCUCAUAGUCCCGCCGGCGAAGGAAGCGGCGGUGGCGCAAGCGGCAACGGAAGUGGCUGCAGCAAAGCUAUGACUCUCGGCGAGCAUGUUGAGCACAUUAUAACUAAGGAUUAUGGCCCAUCUCAUUCGUCAUAUAGAUCUUAUGGAUAUUCAAUCUCGGAGGAUCAAUGGAAGAGACGGAAACAUAAUGAGCCAGACUCGGUAAAGACUGGAGACGAGCGUCAGAUAAUACGCGUCGCGCAGCAGCAGCAGCAACAACAGCAGACGCAACAGCAGCAGCAGCAGCAGCAACAACAGGCGCAACAGCAGCAACAUCAGUCAUCGGGAAAGCAACAAUACCAUUCGGUCGAGCCGGUUUCGCCGCCGGAAACGACCGCAAAUCACUACGGACGUCGCUUUUACGAACCGAGCACUGCCACAUCCACUUCCGGAACUCCCUCCAACAAGCCGCAUCAGAUAUCGCCGUUUGAUUACGUGAAAAACAAGAUUGUCGAAGUGAUGCGCACCGAGGAUGACAAGGCUGGCGGCGGUGGCGAUACUAGCGCUGGCUCUGACAGGAAUGGAGGCGGCAACGCAGUCGUAGCGACCGAAAAGGAUGAAAAGGGAGCUGGAAGCGUGGAUAGAAGUCCAUCCGGUAGUGGUGGCGGCAGCGGUAGUGGCGGCGGUGGCAACGAGAUGGUGAUCGACGACACGGGAGGGUCGACUCGUGAACAGUCAUCGGCGCCACCGCCCGCGCCGUCGGCUACAACUACCUUCUAUCCGUUUAGCGCGCUAGGAGUUCACACUGGUCCACCGCCAGCCCCUCCACCCGCCUCCGCUACGUCCGCCUCCGUGGCAAAGUCUGAGCAGAUGCAGGCCGAGCCGGCGCCCUUGUUAUCCGCGCAAUACGAGCCGCUCUCGGAUGAGGAUUGAUAGUCUUCUGUAACUGUCCAGCGCUGUAGUUAAACUACUUGACGCUAGCGGCACACGCUAGGAUGACUACCGUAUGCACGGCUACUACAGAUAUUAAUGCA